ACGGAAUAGAAAAAAAAAAACAAAGUAUAACUGACGUGUCCUAAUAAGAGGCAACGUGGCAACGCGACAACGCGACGCAGCGUUCGGUGUUUCGCCGUGCGAGACGGACUCCCCUCGUCACGGUUUCUCGCGCGUGUCCGCCGUCGUGAUGUUGACGUGACGAGCAAGGUGGGAAGGUGAGAUUUGACCGUCGCGAGCCUGCCGUCACAGCGCGUUUGCCGUUCGUUUUGUCCCGCGAAACCGCAACCGCCACGGACCGCGGCGACAGGUUAUGUAUCCGCGGUGAUCGCGUCGUCCGCGACGACUCCGACGCGCUCGCCGUCGGCGCCCGCACGGUCCUCGUGUCGCGGUACCCGCGAUAUGCGGUGACGCGCGCGCGGAGAUUCUAACCCUAAUCGGCCGAUAACCUUGAAAGGUCUACGCCCAGGCAGCGCGCGAGACGUGGACACCCGCCGACCGACCGACUCGCAUGGAUGUCAGUAUGAGGAGGAAAUUGGAGAAGGACGAGCGGACGGCGGAGGACGGCAUCGUCGACCCGUGCAACGUCCAAGAGCCCUCCGAUCUGCGGGGGGACGAGAAGAACAUCGCGAUCCUGUUCUUCUUGUACCUGCUGCAGGGCAUCCCGUUGGGACUGUGCGGCUCGAUCCCUAUGCUACUGCAGAACAGAGGGGUUUCCUAUCGGCAACAGGCAGAAUUCAGCUUUGUGCAAUGGCCGUUCUCGUUGAAGCUCUUCUGGGCGCCCAUAGUAGACUCCAUUUUCUCGCAAAGGUUUGGGCGGCGGAAGACCUGGUUGAUUCCCACCCAGUACCUGAUGGGUAUGUUCAUGCUCCUACUGUCGAAUUACGUGGACCACUGGCUGGGCAAGGAGCACGAGACGCCCAACAUCGAAAUGUUGACUGCGCUCUUCUUCUCCCUGAACGUGCUUGCCGCCACUCAGGACAUCGUAGUGGACGGUUGGGCGCUCACGAUGCUCAAGAGGUGUAACGUCGGAUAUGCCUCUACCUGCAACAGCGUCGGCCAAACGGCGGGCUACUUCAUCGGCUAUGUUCUAUUUAUCUCGCUGGAGUCCGCUGAGUUUUGCAACGGGUAUUUAAGGUCAACGCCUUCCGACGAAGGCAUACUAACUCUGCCCGGAUUUUUAUACUUCUGGGGCUGCAUGUUUAUCGUUACGACAACGUUUAUCGCGCUGUUCAAGCACGAGGACAAGGGCAGAGUUUCGCGAGACGAAGAGCUAAAUAUGGAUAUUAAGCGCGCAUACAAGCUACUAUGGGAAAUAGUUAAAUUACCAACCAUAAAGACCACGAUUAUAUUUCUCUUAACUGCAAAGAUUGGAUUUUCAGCGUGCGACGCUGUAACUAGUUUGAAACUUAUAGAGGCCGGUUAUCCCAAAGAAAAACUGGCUUUCAUGGCCGUGCCCAUGAUACCGUUGCAAAUAAUUUUGCCGUUAAUAAUCUCGAAAUACACCGUUGGUCCCAGGCCUAUGGACGUUUACAUUAAAGCUAUGCCUUAUAGGCUGGCGUUCGGCGUAAUAGCGGCGCUUUUGGUGUGGGUUACACCGUUCCUUGUAAUUAAUGGCGAUGUUCCAGUCUUUUAUUUCACGAUACUGACGGGCCUCUACUUUAUACAUCAGAUUUCUGCAAGCAGCAUGUUCGUGGCAUCGAUGGCUUUCUUUGCGAAAGUGAGCGACCCGGCGGUUGGUGGUACAUACAUGACGUUACUCAAUACUUUAUGCAAUCUCGGUGGAAAUUGGCCUGCCACGGCCGCGCUUUGGUUUGUCGAUCCCUUGACGUUUAGACAAUGCAGUACCGACUACGGAAAUGACUGUAGCACAAUUACGGAGAGAGAGCUCUGCGCGAAUACCAAUAACGGUGUUUGCAUCAUGCAGUUCGACGGUUACUACAUAGAGAGCAUCCUCUGCUUAAUCAUAGGUUUCUCCUGGCUUAGGUGGGGCCGUAGAAAAAUUAAUAUGUUACAGAUGAAACCGAUGUCCGCUUGGAAAAUCGUUCUUACCCGUAACAACAGGUAACAUAUCAGUGACGUGUUAUAAGUCCGUUAACACUGGUACCUGUAAAGCUGUUAGGAAAUUUUCUUCGAUGCGUCGUUGCAUAUACGGUGUUAUCCACUGUAGUUCCUUUAUUACCUCGUUAAUCGAUCAGAUUCGAUUAACGAGGUAAUUUAUUGCUUGGCCCUAACAAUUAGUCAUUGCUGUUUUACGUUGGUGUUAUCGAAACUGCCUACAUUGAGGUGUAUUGAGACAAAUUGGUAGCUUUGAGAUUAUGUUGUAAAUCUUUUUUUUAUAUGUAUAUAUAUUUAACGUGCCAUCGACCGAACUUUCAUCUUCCGGUCCUUUUGACACUCGGAGUCUCUCUUCCUUGUAAUAUUUACUCUUUUCUGACUGUUUUGAGCCUCACUUAACUUUAAAUGAUUUUCCCCAAUAUUCUUCAAAAAUUUCCGCAAUACUCAAAGUGCUUCAAUAUUUUAUUUAGCCACCCAAUAUGGUGUAAAUCAAAGCGACGUUUAGUUUAAUUUAUUUAACACUCGCGUUGACACAGAUUUCCAUAGGAACUAUAUGGACACACUAUAUACUUGCCCAUACGUGGGGUAUAUGCAUGCAUCAUUUCUUGUACGUUUACCAAGUGUUCCAGUUUUAUGAGAAAACGUGUGCGAUGUGCAUCGAUUACAAUCCAUUCGUCUCGGGAAGCAAUAUCUAUGUAGAACAUAUAUAAUACAAGUCCCACAAAGAGAAAAGCAUUAUGUAAUAUCGUAUAAUCUCAAGUGAGCGUCAUUCCGUGCAUGUAUACAUGAUAAAAGGAUCUCUAACGGUUGUCAUCCUUAUUUCCUUGUUUCGAGUCAUGACCGAGAUAUGAUUUAGUGAUAUUAAAAUAUUUAAAAAGUAUAUACAUAUAUAUAGUAUAUUUAACAUUAAAAUGUUAUUUAUUAUAUAUAAGUAAAUAUGUAUUAUGACAUGCAUAUUUUCCGUUAUAUACACGUACAUACGUAUAUAUUUGUUAUAUAUGCAUAUUUAUUUGUAACAAUCGAGUCGAAUGUUUUCCAAAAUGAUGCAUUACAACAGAAGCGGAACAUGUUAUUUUUUUACAAAGCGUUAUUAUAUAUAUAUAAUAUAUAUAUAUAUAUAUCAUUUAGAUAAAAUUUAUAUGCGCGCAUAAACUUGCAAUUUGUUAUCUCUCUCUUUCUCUGCCUGUAAACAGCGUAUUGUUUCAAAUAAUAAUUUUUUUUGCACGGAAUACUUGCAGAUAUUUCGUAGAAGUUUUGUAAUACAGACGAAGACGUGUGCGACGCAUGUUCGCAGUUUCUAUUGUAAAUACAUCUAAAAGUAUUUUACGUACGCAUAAAGAACGCAUGACGAAUAUUUAACGCAGGAUGUUAAUAAAAGUUUUUCAUACGAAA